UGUUCGACUUGGACAUUGGGAUUGGAAUUUGCUUUUUAAUUGAAUUAUUAACUUAACGUCCUGUGAUUGCAAAUACUUCCCAUGGAUACGACGGAACAGGCGCUCGAAGUGAUGCCACCGGCAGUGCUCAGCCUGAGCAAUUGCCCGGGCACCACGCCCGGCACGCCGCAGAGCAAGAAUCAGCUGAAGAAGCAACGCAAACUGGCGGAAUUUGCGGAGCUCCGGAAGUUGCGACGCGAACGGGAGCGGGAGAAGAAGAAGCAGAAGCGGCGGGAGGCCAAGGAGCAGGGUCUGCCCAUCCGGACGGGUCCCUCCCGCAAGGAGCUGAAGAAACGCCAGACGGCGGACGGCGGCCAAUCGGCGCUCUCCGUGGCCAUCGAUCUGGAGUACGAUGACUUGAUGCAGGAGCGUGACAUCGCCAAGUGUGUGAAGCAGUGCCUCCGGAUCUACACCAUCAAUCGGCGCAGUGCGCAGCCGGGCAAGCUGCACUUCACCGGCAUUCGGCGCAACGGACCCAUCCACGAGUCGUUCAUGAAGAACGACGGCUGGGAGAACUGGCACGUGGAGUACCACUUCGAUCGCAACCACACCGCCGUCUUCGAUGCCCGGCAACUGGUCUAUCUCACCUGCGAGUCGGACCAGGUGCUGGACAAGCUGCAGCCCGGCUGCACCUACGUCAUCGGCGGCCUGGUGGACCACAAUCACUUCAAGGGUCUGUGCCACUCGCGGGCAACGGAGGCGGGCCUAGCCACCGCCCGCCUGCCGCUCAGCGAGCACGUGGACAUGAAGACCCGGUCCGUGCUGAGUACCUACCACGUGUUUGAGCUGCUAACCAAGGUUGCUUCUGGCCAGGAUUGGACAACGGCCAUUCUGGACACGAUUCCCAUGCGCAAGGGUGCCAAGGCGAAGGUCAUUAAUGGAGAGGAGCAGCAGGUAGAGCAGUCGCAAAGGUUGGAGAACCCCGAGGAGCAACUGGAGGCCGAACCGAGUGAACCAUCCCCGGCCGCCAUCUCAUCGGAAACCGCAACCGAAGCCAAGUUGUUGGACAGUUGACAACAGUCGAGAUCGCAUU